AUGUCUACUACUGCGUCGGUUGUUGUUACAAGCCGUAUGUCUGCCCUCGGAGGGAGCCACCGAGACAUGGCUAACUAUCUUCUAGCACCUACUCCCCGCCUGGCCCAGAAGGUUACUGGGGAUGCGCUUCAGGAUGAAUUCACGCAGCUACGAGAACUCUUCACUGUGGAUUCCGCCAAGCUGAAGCAGAUUACUGACCACUUUGUCCAUGAACUUGAGAUUGGUAAGUACAUUCUUCCUGGCUAUCUCGACGCCGUAGAUGCUAACAUGUUUCAGGGCUCAGUGGCCAAGGCGGCGACAUUGUAUGUCAUUACAGCCUACUGUCUACCUGCUACAAUACAGGCUAACGGGAACGAACAGCCAAUGAACCCAACAUGGGUAAUGGAACUGCCGCGCGGCGACGAAAAGGGAGCCUUCUUCACGAUGGACAUGGGAGGCACCAACUUCCGCGUCUGCAAAGUGACACUCAACGGCACCGCAGGCAAAUACGACGUGAUCCAAAUGGACAACAAGAUCCCCAAGUCGUUGAAGUCUGGCACCGCAGAGCAACUGUGGCACUACGUUGCCGACUGCCUGCAGCAGUUUGUCGAUCGCUAUUCCAUCUCGCAGAAAGAGCUCGCGGAGACGCCUCUGGCCUUUACAUUUUCCUACCCUGUCACUCAAACAUCCAUCUCGCAUGGCAUCCUCCAGCGAUGGACUAAGGGAUUUGAUAUCAAGGGUGUCGAGGGAACAGACGUUGUUGCUGCACUGCAAAAGGUUCUCAAAGACAAGAAUCUCCCCGCUCGGAUCGUCGCCUUGGUUAACGACACAGUGGGUACCUUAAUGGCGUCUUCCUACGUCGACCCCAAGACCGAAAUCGGUAGCAUCUUCGGCACAGGCAGUAACGCAGCGUACAUGGAGCAGUGCUCCAAGAUCCCGAAACUGGCCGAUCAGCAUCUACCCGACGACGCAUUCAUGGCCAUCAACUGCGAAUACGGCGCCUUUGAUAACAGCCAGCGAGUGCUCCCUUUCACUGUCUUCGAUGCCGAGAUCGACCGCGCUUCACCUCGGCCCGGGCAACAACGCUAUGAGAAGAUGGUUGCGGGAUUCUAUCUGGGUGAGAUCUUCCGGCUCAUCUUGCUUGAUCUCCACAACCGCAAGGUCAUCUUUGACGGUCAGAAUUCCUCGAAACUAAGCGAACCUUAUGUGCUGGACUGCUGUUUCCUGGCGACUAUUGAGAGCGAUAAUUCUGCGGACCUGCAGACAGUGAAAGAUACUUUUGAGAAAACACUCUCCAUCACGCCUACCCCGCCUGAGCUACGCUUCUGCUACGACCUGGCGCACACGAUUUCCUUGCGCUCGGCGAGGUUAUACGCGUGCGGCAUCGCGGCGAUCAUGAAGAAGCGGGGAUUAGAAAGCUGUCAUGUUGCUGUGGAUGGCUCUGUGUUCAACAAGUAUCCAUGUUUCCCGGAGAGGGCCAUCGGGGCGCUGCGGGAGAUCCUCGAGUGGCCGGCUGAUACCCCGGAUCCGAUCCGGUUGAUUCCUGCUGUGGAUGGCUCCAGUGUGGGAGCUGCAGUGAUUGCGUCUUUGAUCAGCAAGUCGCAGCAGUCGUAA